GUUCCGUAGGCACCUAGUCCCCUCAGGGGACUAGGUGGCUAGUCUUUCCUAGUCACCAGAGGGAGACUACGUGGGUAGUCACCAUGGUGGCUACGGGUGCCCAUGUGAGACGGAGUGGGGUCUAGACAGCUCGGUCCCUGAUCAGCUAUCACUCGACCCCGACUAGUCCCCUACUGUCCCACGUCAACCCAGAUUCCCGAAAUUACAAUUCGCGACAGCGAUUGCGGCUGCUUAAGGAUACAACCGGUAUAUGCACUUUGGUUUUAGCAUGUAUAUCUGCAUUAUAACACUAUAAAGUUCUUUAUAAGCCCCCUCGCGGCGCGAGAUCUUGCUGAUGACUCGAUGGAGGAUGAUCACUGAUAUUCAUGACACGUGGUAGGCAACGAGGCAAGUACUUUUGUCUCCCCGCAUUGCACUCUUAUGGACCGCGGGCGCUCGACGGGGCAUUCCACGCGCCAAUCGCUAGCUACCCGGGGUGGUCGAAACAUCCCUGGCCCGCCUGAUCCGACUCAUAACACAAGCGCACCAUUAGAUCAAGGACGCUCGACAGAUCGUUCUGCGAGUCAAUCCCUUGCAGCCCGUGGCCGUACAAGCUUCCGCGGCCGUAGCUUUUCUGGUCUGUCUGACCCAAUCCGCAAUCAGACUUCAUCGCUCUCAUCGCCAAGCAUCCCCUCGCCAAGCAUCCCCUCGCCAAGCCCCGAUUUUAGCAUUUCUCCUCCAGCGGCCGAAACCCUAUGGGAUAAUGGCAUUCUGGGUGGCAGGAUCGACGUCAGCUGCAACACUGGAGCUCAGGAACCACUACUUCACCUGGUCGAAGAGGCUGUUGAGCCUGAUGAGUCUCCGCCGGCUUUUGAUCCACACUCACUCAUACAAUGCAUCUUGAUUCUGUGCGCAUGGUUUCAUACUCAGCAUCAUGUCUCUUUUCGGGCAAUCUCUAUGCUUCUCUGGGCAAUCACUUUUGUGCUCACUGUUGUCCCGGGAAAUGUUCUUGGGGAAGAGUCACUUCCCAUGACUCUGAAGACUGUCUUCGCGAGGCUGAACAUACACGAUCAAUUCAAAAUCCACCCAAUCUGUCCUUGCUGUCACUCUAUCUUCCCUGAUGUCUCCCCAACUGAUACAAAAUGCCCUAGUUGCGAUGCGGCAAUCUACCUGACUCGUUCACAGUUAUUGGUGGAUCGUCUUAGAGAUAUCACUGGGAUGGAAGAGGAUGCUAGCCAUGAGGCCAACACUGGUUCAAAUUCCGAGGGGCAGCAGAACACAGCAGGCUACAAGCCCGCAACUGUUGCCCCAAUUCACCUCCUCUCAGAUGCUCUUCGGGGAUUCUUUGAACGACCAGGAAUGGUGGAUGCAGUUCGAGAGUGGAAAACUAGAACACCAUCACAUGAGAAGCUGGACACUAUACAGGAUGGAGACAUUUGGAAAAAUCUCAAGGCUGCGGAUGGCUCUAGAUUCUUUUACAGUGAGGAUGAGAAUGAAGUGCGGAUCGGAGUUUCAUUGGGGAUUGACUGGUUUGGUCGGAAAUCGGGUAACUAUGGGCCAAGUCACUCUUCUGGUGCUGUCAGCUUUUGUGUCCAGAACCUAAAUUCUGAAUUACGAUAUCGCCCUGAAAACUUGAUUCUAACUGGAAUGCCACCAGGCCCAACGGAGCCAACCUCAGAGCAACUGCAAAACUAUUCAAAGAUCAUUGUUGAUGAUCUGAUUAAACUCUACCAUGAUGGAAUCCUGGUUGAGGCUCCAGGGUUGCCAAAUCGUUGA